AUGUCAUCAGUGGUCAAUUCUCGUAUUUUCAAAGAUAUUUUUGGUACUGCUGCGAUGCGUGAUCUUUGGUCCGAUGAAGCACGUACGGGUUAUUAUUUAAGAUGGGAGAUUGCUUUGGCUAAAGUCCAAAGUAAACUAAAAAUAAUUCCUCAAGAUGCUUGUGAUGAAAUUAUUGCUCAAGCAAAGCUCGAAAAUAUUGAUUUCGAUAAACUCAAGCAAAGCACGGAAUUAAUUGGCUAUCCCAUACUGGGUGUCGUGCAACAGAUUGUUUCUCUAUGUCGUGAUGGUCUCGGUCAGUGGUGUCAUUGGGGCGCAACUACUCAAGAUGUCACCGAUAGCGCUACUGUUCUGGCAAUGCGGGAUUCUUUCGAUAUCAUCGAAAUCGAUCUGGAUCAUAUUAUGAAUAGUGUUGCCAAGUUAGCUGAACAUCAUCGUUUGACACCGAUGCCUGCGCGUAGUAACUUACAACAAGCGGUGCCGAUCAGUUUUGGAUUUAAGAUGGCUCGUCUUUUAGCCACUCUUCAACGACACAAGGAACGUCUCAACGAGAUUCGAAAGCGUGUAUUGGUUUUGGAAUUCGGAGGUGCUGCUGGUACUCUUGCUACUUUAGAUAGUUCAGUGGCGUUAGAAUGUCAAGCCGAAUUAGCUUGUGAAUUGGACUUGGCUCAACCAGAAAUUGCAUGGCAUACUGAACGAGAUCGUAUUGUUGAAGUGGGUGCAUUCCUUGCUCUCCUAUGUGGUACCUUGUCCAAGAAUGCAACAGAUAUAAAAUUACUGAUGCAAACUGAAAUCGACGAAGUUUCGGAACCGUAUGUUCCUCAUCGUGGAUCGAGUUCGACGAUGCCAAAUAAAGUCAAUCCAAUCAGUUGUGUUUACAUUCAUGCAUUGGCGGCUACUGUUCGUCAGCAUGCAGCUGCUCUUAUGGAUGCUAUGGUUGCGGAUCACGAACGCUCCACUGGCCCAUGGGAAAUCGAAUGGAUCGUUCUACCGGAAGCUUUUAUACUGACAGCUGGUGCAUUGAAUCAAACGAAAUCAUUGAUGGCCGAUCUGCAAGUUCAUCCGGAAAAUAUGAUGCGAAAUUUGAAUUUGACAAAAGGUCUUAUCGUAUCUGAAGCUGUCAUGAUGAGUCUAGGUGCUAAAUUAGGUCGACAAACAGCCCAUGAUCUUGUAUACGACUAUUGUCGUCGUUCAGUGCUUGAAGAACGUACAUUGAUUGAUUUACUGAAAGAAGAUGAAAAGAUUUCAUCGGUCUUAUCCGACUCUGAACUUAUGCAUCUCUGUGAUCCUGCGAAUUACCUGGGUCUUAGUGGUACUAUGACUGACAAUAUUGUCAAUGCUUAUAAAAAGGCUAAUUUAACUCAAACUAAAAGGAAAUAA